AUGCAAGUGCCGUUAGAAAUCGUCGGCCAAAUCAUCGCCUAUGUUGGAGACAGUUCCUCCCUUCGCGCGUGCUCGCUGGUCGACCGCGCCUGGCUUCCAUUUACAAGGGAACUCCUCUACAACCAAGUGACAUUCGCCUCUUCUGAGGAAGGACGUGCCAAGAUCGAAUUCUUCGAGCAAUCACCACACCUCGCACCAUAUGUUCGAACACUCUCUGUCAUCUAUCGGCGCUCUCCAGAGAUCGCCUCUGUCAUGUCCCGAUUGCCAACCAUUUUCCCAAACACCGAGGAUCUAUUGUUCAUGGGGCAGCCCCGGGUUCAGUGGACUUCUUUACCCAGCGAGCUCACCGAGUCAUUUCGACAACUCGUUAGAUCUAAGCCAUUAAAAUGCCUGCGAUUAACUUGGUUUCGUUUCCCGGAAGACCCGGAUGCACUUGGGGACCUUCUGCGUUCGUGCUCAACUACCUUGGAGACCCUUAGAUUGCAAAAUCUAUACAAUACCGUUGAUAUUACUACGAUCGACCCAGACGAAGCCCCUGAAAUCAGCUUUCCACAGCUUAGCAACCUAGCCCUCGCCUCCGUCGCCGCCUCUUCCCCUACUUCCUCGUACAGGUUGGUGACCCCAAGCUUGAAGUUUCUGUCAUGGGAGUCCAACAUCACCUCUCUUCCCUAUCUCAUCAACAUCUUGCCACGUUCAUCGAUGUCCACUGUCACGACGUUUGAGCUCUCCUUGAGCCUUGAUCCGUCGCAGGACAAUCCUUACGCAGCACCACUCGUUCCUCCAGGGUUCUUCUCCGAUGCGUGGUGCUUGCCCGGCGUCCGCUCCCUUGGCAUCGCUAUGCGGUAUCCCACAUUUGACAAUGACAAUCCCUUGGACACUGCAUUGUCAUGCGUGAUGCGAUGUCUGGAGCAAAUCCCAAACCCUGAUGUAAUCAAAACGAUCAACAUCAAACUCGAAACCGAAGCCUUUAGAGAAUCUCCGUCAUGGAAGCUCCUCGAUGCGGUGCUCCUUGAUAUCCAUACGCAUGGGUCGUUGAAAGCCGUAUUCAUCAAUCCAUCCCCACCAAACUCGUGGUUACCGCGAUUCGGGAGUUCGGGAAUACUCAAGGCAAGCGACGCAGCGAACUGCAUGCCUUUGAAGGGACAAUUCUACACUGACUUGAUGUUCUUGAUGUUUGUGGUAUGGCAUCCGUGCUCCGCUUCCACUGCUGCUAGAUCGUUCAUCCUUAAAACGCAAAAAGUGGUGACGUUGAGAUAA